AUGUUAAAGGACACCGAGUUUCUAUUGCAUCAAGCCUCGCGGCUUGGCGACGUAUCGCGAGCUGAGGAGAUCCUACAGCUUUCUCCCCAGCAAGCAUUUGUGCAGGACUGUGAUGGGCGACUGCCAAUACACUGGGCGGCAUCAUCGAAUAGCGUAGAUGUUGUUCGAUUACUCGUAGGCCUCUCAGGUUUCGACCCAGAUACCCAGGAUGCCAGUGGCUGGUCCCCGUUAAUGAUUGCUGCGAACGUCUUGAAUUCCGAUCAAAUUAUGUCACUUUUACUUGCCAAGGGUGCAGAUAUCAAUCAACAGAGUAGGCAAUACUGA